UUAUUCAACCCUAAUCCUCCAUCUUCCUCUCUUACGUCUCUCUCUCUCUCUCUCUCUCUCAACUUAGCCCUAAAAGAAAAAUCUAAUGUCUGGUAUGUACGAUCAAGGAGGAGACGCUGCUCCUUCGUCUUACGGAGCCCCUGGAGGCGGUGGAGGAGGAUACGGCGGCGGAGGGUAUGGAGGCGGUGGUGGCGGAUAUGGUGGAAAGGGCGGCGAUGGUGGAUAUGGCGGCGGAGGCCGAGGCGGCGGCGGUGGUGGUAGAGGAUAUGGAGGACGAGGUGGUGGCGGAGGCUACGGUGGGCGAGGAGGCGGUGGUGGUGGUGGCUAUCAAGGAGGAGAUCGUGGAGGGCGAGGUGGUGGACGUGGUGGGGGAGGUGGUCGUGGUGGAAGCGGGAGAGAUGGCGAUUGGGUCUGCCCUAAUCCUGGCUGUGCGAAUGUGAACUUUGCUAGAAGAGUGGAGUGUAACAAGUGUGGUACACCAUCACCUGGUGGUGCCAGUGACAGAAGUGGUGGUGGUGGUAGUGGAGGAUAUAAUAGGGGUGGAGCUGAUGGGGGUUAUGGUGGUAAUCGUAAUGGCAGAGGCGGUAGUUACCAUGGUGGUAGAAGUGGAAAUCAUGAUGGUGGUCGCUAUGAAGGAGGCAACAGAGGUGGUAAUUCUUAUGGUGGUCACCAGGGAGGAGAGGAUAGCGGGUACAGUCAGGUUCCUCCAUCAUCAGCCCCCCCAUCUGGUGGUGUUGGUGGCUCUUAUCCACCAUCUUAUCGUGGUGGAAGUGCAGAUUAUGGUACGGAUGCAGUUCCUCCGCCUGCAAGCUACAGUGGAACUACCUACCCUCCAACUUAUGGUGGUCCCACUGGUGGCUAUGGCAGUGAUGGUAUAGGUGAUGGACGGAGUGCGACUGGUCGUGGUGGGCCGUCAGCUGGAUAUGAUGGUGCUUACAAUGCAGGUGGUAAAGGUGGUGGUUACAAUGCUGGUGGUAGAGGAGGUGGAAGCUAUAAUGCUGGUGGUGGUAGAGGUGGUGGUUAUGGAAGUACACCAGCAGCAGAGCCAGCACAGGUGAAACAGUGCGACGAAUCUUGUGAUGAUUCUUGUGAUAACUCAAGAAUCUAUGUUUCGAAUCUGCCAACAGAUGUGACCAUUGAUGAAUUGAGAGAACUAUUUGGUGGCAUUGGCCAAAUUGGAAGAAUCAAGCAGAAGAGGGGCUACAAGGAUCAGUGGCCUUGGAACAUAAAAAUAUAUACAGAUGAGAUGGGAAAUAACAAAGGCGAUGCAUGUGUAUCAUAUGAAGAUCCCUCAGCGGCACAUUCUGCUGGCGGUUUCUAUAACAAUUAUGAUUUGAGAGGUCAUAGCAUCAAUGUUGCAAUGGCUGAGAAGUCUGCACCGAGGGCGCCUACAUACAACCAUGGUGGUGGUGGCAGAGGUGGAUAUGGAGGUGGUGGUGGUGGUGAUAGACGUAGAGAUAGCUAUAGGGACGGAGGCUCAGGACCUGAUAGACAUCAGCAUGGUGGAAAUAGAUCUCGUCCUUACUGAGCAAUUCGGCAUUGAGCAUUUUAUGUAAUGGGAAUUGUGAUCUUAGUGUUUUAAUUUUGUUCCGUGGCUGGAUUCUUGAAUUGGAGACCAAAGAGGUAGGUUGUUCACUUUCUAUGGGCAAGAGACCUCUUUGCUCCUUUUUAAUAUAUAAUAGUGGUACCUGGAGGGGUUAUAAUCUUGCUCAGGCUUGAGAUUAACCUAGUUGUGUGAAUGUCUUUUUUAUAGAGGCAGGCGGAUAAUCUCCAAACUGCUUGUUGCUAAGGUAGGUGUUGAUGUUUUCAGGUGAGUGCUUCUCUUUCCAUAACCAUCCUUACAAUUUCACCGGUGCUGAUGUAUAAGCUCCUCCUGAUCUCAGACAUCCCUUGUUGGCUCUGAUGCAAAGCAUAUCUUAUAACCUAUAAUUAUCAUUUCUGCAUUCAUAUUUUAUUUAUUUAUUAAACAUUAACUUGCCUCUCUUCUUUACUUCUAAAUUUCAUUCAUUAUUUCUUAGGGAUUACUUGAAAAUCUUUAUUAUUCCUUUAUUCGUCUAGCAUGUGCUCAAGGCUGCUUCUGAUUUUUCAAAUUUGUCUUCUAUUUUUCAAGAGAUUAUCAUAUAUCAUGUGCUCAAGGGUUCAGAAAAUUAGAGAUGAGGAUAGCUCAUAUCCAAUAUAGAAAACUUCAAUUUCUUGAGGUCUAUUACUGGGUGUAAAUGGAUUUUAGGCCUUUGCAAUGUUGCAUGUUUUUGCCGAUUUCUGUUGUAUGUAGACGUCGGGAUGACGCUCCAAAUUUUUAAAAAAGACUCAUUUUAGUGUUAGAUCUCAAGGCAAGUUAACCUCAUGAACUGUGAUGCUCUGCCAUUGCUAGUUUCCUUCUGCAUAUUCAGUGACUGCAGGAAAUAUUUGUGAGCAAUAACCUUGGAAUUGUGUCGUAUGAGUCUGAUUUUGUUAUUUGAAAAAGGACAAGUGGUUGUUUCUAGGGGUCUUUGUUCAUAUAAUUUUUGUCUAUAUUUAUUAUAGUUCUUGAAAUGGGUUCAUAGUUGUAGUACCCCGGCCUGAUUAUGAGUGUGACAAUCUCGAUUGCAAUUGUGUUGUGCAGAGGAGCGAUCGAUCAUAAGAAAUGCUAUUGAGCUCUUCAGUUGAUUGGUGUCAUGAAAGAACAAAUGAAGAUUUACAUUUGAAAUCGAUGCUUGAGAUCUGAUUUUAAUGUCUUCAUCCAACAGUUUGGGGAAUGUUUGUGGCUUUGAGUUGGGUUACCGUACCAAAGUACUGUUCUUAAGAAACCAACAACCUCAUCUGUUGUAUCGGUUUUAUAGUACGCUCUCUCCCACGGUCAAAUGGUGUUUGAUUCCCUCCUAAUUCUUGACCGUACCAUAUGAUUUUGAACUCGAAAUCAGAAAAGCCCGAAAGAAAAUUGAAAUGUA